AGUCGUGUACAUUAGUAUUAAAAGCUGAAUGAAUACUAUUGUCUCGCAGUCUUUAAAUAUUUAGUGUUUACUGUUUAUUUACAAUAACAAUUAAAGUUUAUCUUUUUAUUAAUUGAUAGUUUAAGAUGAAUCAAAUUAUGUGACCGCAUAUGUUUUCUUAGUUUCUGAUAAUGUUCGGUGCGUAUCUUUUAAAAUAUAUUUAAACAUCAGCAAAUAGCUGACACAUAGUUAUUUCUAUGUAAGGAUGAAUAACAGCCAACGCAAUGCAAUACUGGGAAGUUUAAGUCGUCAGGACGAUGAUGGAAGUAGACGUUUAGAUAUAAAAGUAUGUGAUUUCUUGAAAUACUUAUGAUCUAUGUUUGGACUUUCGGAAAACCGAUCGAUAUAUUAUGGGAUCCAUGAAUAAUAAGGAUAGGCACAAAUAAAAGUGAUAGCGUGUGCUCUAGCGAGAUGGCCGCCACCGACAAUGAGACCAAUAACUGGUUCAAGGCAUGCUUAGCACUCAAUAUAACGAAGGAAGGACUAGCUAACUUUCUGGUCUCAGAAUUACAGAAAGUUCACGUAACCGUUGGUAGUAGUUGUGGUAACUGCUGCAUUGAAACACUCAUCCCGUGUCCAACGCAACCGUAUUGUAGCAAGCGGAUAAAGUCUUAUUGCCCUUUCCACAAAUCACAGAAACCGCAGCAAUGCUUUACGUGUGAUAAAGUAAAAAAGAAUAUAACAUCAAAUCACAGAUACAAUAACCCGUCCUGGCGGAACACAGAUGCGAAAAAAUGGGCAAGCGAUUAUUGGGAAAUAGGCAAAUGUUUCCUCCCUCCAGACGGAUAUAGCAGCGUUUUAUCGGUCCAAGAAUCGGACUUCAAUGGCGUGAUAAGCAUCCUGUUGAACUGCACACAUUUCCAGAACUGUCUCUCCCCUUCAAGUCUAUCUCCUCCACCACCAAAUAAGCAAUCUCCGCUCGAAAUGGUCCGUCAGAUAGGCCGAGAUGUGCGUCACACUUCCGACUGCAAGGUCACAGACGCUGAUCUCCAGGGUUAUUUCCAGAGACUGUCCACGCUACUGGCUGAUCCAAAGUGCUUAUUACAUGACCAUUCAGCCACGAUAGCGCUUACUAGACUUAAUGAUUUGCAGAAUGAUCGCAUGUCUCUAAAAGAAGUGUGCGAGCUGUUAAAAGAGGUGUUGAAAGAGGCUGAUCAGUUGAAAGAGCGGUGUGAAGAGCUAAUGGAAGAGGCAAAAGAGACCGGCGAACAUUUUUCAAGGGAGGCUGAAAGAAACCUAGCAGAAGCCUUGCAAAAAUUAGAAACUCUUAUACAGGCUGGGGAACAACGAAUUGACAGCAAGACGCAGCUUGGAGAGCAACGAAUUGACAGCAAGACGCAGCUUGGAGAGCAACGAAUUGACAUCAAGACACAGCUUGGAGAGCAACGAAUUGAAAGCAAGGUUCUUGUUGCUGAAAAACAAAUUGAAACGAAGGGACACGAUGUGGAACAAGACCUUGAAAGAAAAAUAAAGGAUGGGACACAACAAAUCGCAUACCAUGUUCAGGAUGGUAUUGUGAGCUUGCAGCAGGCAGCGAACAAAACUGAAGCAGAAGACUAUGAACGAGGCGUAGAAGACCUUCGGCAACGUUUGAUACUGCUGUACAAUGACAAGACUUGUUUUGUGCCACUGUCAACAUUAAAUCAAAGUCUUGAUAAGCGAAUAACAGACAUAUAUGCAACACCCAAACUACACCAAAUCAAAAUAGAAAAAGACGGGAAACACGUGAAAACAGAAACACUAGUACUGACUUACAAAGAACUAUUUUACACUGACGAUAAAUCAAAUCAACGUAUAUACGUACAGGGCGAACCCGGUAGAGGAAAAUCUACGUUUGCAGUUAAGUUAGUUCAUGAUUGGUGCAACGAACAUCAGCCUUCAUCGACAGCUUCCAUAAAAAGUACAGCAUUUGAAGAUAAGCUUACCAUUCAGAAAUUCAAGUUGUUAUUUUUUAUUGCGUUAAGAGAUUCUAGGAAACAGACGGAUGUAACGCAGAUGAUAAAGAAACAGCUAAUUGAUCAAAUCUUUUCCGAAGACGAACGCGCCGACGUAUACAAACUUUUCGUGCAUAUUAUGAAAUCUGAAAUUUGCCUCGUAGUACGAGAAGGCCUAGAUGAAUGGACGUCUCCUGAUGGUAGUAACCUAGCUGAACCUUCCAUGGCUGGAUUUUCUAAGGACAAGUGCACUGUACUUACAACAUCUCGACCAUGGAAACUGGCUGAAAGUAUCAAAAACUCGCAAAUCGACAUUCUGGUAGAGAUCGAGGGGAUAAGCUGUCCAAACUCAUUUAGUACAAAUAUACUUCGAUGCAUAAUUGACCAGAGGACAAAUCUAAAAGAAACUGUGUAUAAAUUUGAGUUAUUCAUAAAAAGAUGUAAUCUCAAAUCGUUAUCAUCCUCACCAAUGUUGUACGCGCUGGUGAUCUGUACCUGGGUCGAGACGAUUGGGGAGGAAGAACAUUUGAAAGGAUCGUCAGUUUGUGCACUGUACACACUACUGCUUGAAAGUCUUUGCACAAAGGCAAACAGUGCAACUGGUUAUUUUAACGAUUCCAAUGCACCACCAGUGCAAUGUUUUUCUAGAACAAAAUACCUACAGCCAAACAUUGGACUCUUAAAUAAGCUCGCUGUUGCAGCUUGCGAAUUGCUAUUUUCCUCUGAAAGAGAAACAACUAUUGUAUUCAAUGAUAGACAAUUGUCUAACUAUUUUUCUUAUGAAGAGUUUACAGGUUGCAAGAUGUUUGCACUUAAGGCAGGAAUAAUAACAAACAGGAAACAGAAAAGUUGGUCAGAGAACUCCAACUCGUUCAUACACAAAACUGUACAAGAAUUCCUCGCAGCAUAUCAUGUGGCAUGCAAUCCAAAAGCCAUUGAUGACAUCAUUUCAAGACAAUGCUUUAACAAUUCACAUCUAGAAAUAUCGCAAGUUCUCAUAUUUGUGUGUGGAAUGAACAUUUCCGCUGCGAAUAAACUGUCGGCUUUGAUGAAUCAAUCUUGCGUUGAAAAUUGCGGUGCUUCAGGGCAUUACGCCUGUGCGUUUCAGAAAGUCAUUGAGUCUGGAAUCAGAGAGGCAGUAGCCAACAAGCAGGAUGACAUUCGCCUGAAGCUCAGCCACUUUUACAUUACUCCAAGCAACUUGAGAGAUUUAAACUUGAUAUGGUCUACAAACACGUCCAAUGUGAAUUCAUUGAAUUUCUUGAAUAUAAAUCGGAGUUCACUUUCACGUGAUGAGCAAACAUCUCAUUUUGAAGUAAACCUGCCAUUGUGCCACAAGUUGAAAUGGUUGGAAUUACGCGGAAACGGCAUAUUGCUUACAGAUACAGCCAGUUCAGACACAUCGAAGCAUCCGGUCUCCAUUGUUCUUAACAAUGCAGAUCAAGUCCAGUGUGCAGACCCUCGCCCAGUACUGCCCUCAGUAGAACGCAUUGAUUUAUAUGAUGUCGCAUGCUCCUCUACCUGGCUACAUAGUCUGUUCAGCGCUCUGUUGACAUGCGAUCAUAAGGUGGUGUGUGAGCUGAACUGUAAGAUAACUUCGUGUACUGAGCGCGUUUCAUCCAAAAUACAGACGGGUAAACAUGCAUUUAACAUGCACAUGAAUAAAUAUAACAGCCCCAGUCUGUGGAAGGCUCUCCAUGGCCUGAAUAUUAAGAGUCUGACUCUGAGGGGUUGGAUGGAUGAUUUCGAAGUGAAUGGUGUAGAGUCGUUGUCGCAGACACUAUCAUCGCUCAAACAGCUGGAAACGCUUAGUUUUGAUAUGUAUAUCAGUCCCAUUCUGUGGAAGGCUCUCAAUGGUCUGAAUAUCAAAAGUCUGACUCUGAGUUGUUGGAAUAACUGUUUCCGAGUGAAUGAUGUAGAGUCUUUGUCGCAGACACUAUUAUCGCUCAAACAGCUGGAAACGCUUACCUUAUGCGAACUUAACUAUAUCGACAUACAGCUACCACAAUCAUUGAAGUAUGUGAAUAUCUACUGUUACGCAUUGUGUCCAACCGAUUUACGCAAACUUGCAGAAACACUGUCAGCAUGUGAUCAGAAAAUUGAGGGAAAGCUAGAAUUCGGAUGUUCAUGCAUUAACCCCGGAUCUACUGUUGACUGCUUUUUUGAAAAAAUCCCAGUGGUGAACUACAUGGCCAUCCUACAGGAACUGAAGAAGCUGAACACUGUUGCAGUGAAACGAUUCCAAAUAUUUGAUCGGAUACCACCCAAAAUGCGGAUUGGUGAUUCUGCCUGGUCUGUACGUGGUAUUUGUGAUGCCGACGAUGAUCAUGAGGAUUUUGGAAACGCUCAAGAUAAUGCAUACAGAUUCAUUACAAAUAUUGAUGAUUAUGCUAGGAUCAUUAAUCGUAUUUCAAUGCGAAUUGUGAUAAGCCCGGCGUCGAUCUCAUAAAUCCAUGAAUGCGACUCAACGACAUGAUUAUGACAUGAAAAAUAUCAUAAUGUAUGUAUUGAACGCAUGUUGUAAAUGAGAACACUAGCUUUAUCUCACUUGGAUAUCAUAAUUAGAUUGUUGCGGUUAUUUCUGUCAAACAUUCAGGAAAUAAAUACUGUAAUUCUAUGAGAAGUGUAUUGGUAAAUCUACCAUGGCACGUGACUUGUUUUCUUUAGACAAAGAAGGAAAACUACCGUGGGUUAUUACCCCGAUAUACCAACGGUUGUUAGUAUGACGUCAGGUUGAUUGUCCGCGCACUGUUUAUGAAUUUGUCAUUUGUUUUUUAUUGUUGUUGUGACGUCGCGUUUUCGCGGCAAGUGGAGUACGUUCGGUUAAUAUAAUUCUCAUUUAUAACCUUUAAAUUGCGGAUGACUUAUCAAUAAAAUCGUGUUAGAAUCGAAAUAAUCGACGGGUAACCAUUGGUUAGUGCGGUCAUAACCAACGGUAUGUCGUUUCGAUGCUUGUUAUCAAACGCGCCCUCGUGGUUUAAUUCCUACGCAUCGAACUCCAUACCGUUGGUUAUUACCGCAAUAACCAACGGUUUGCCGUCUUUUAUUUCUUAAAUGACCCACGGUAGUUAUGCUAUAGCAAAAUAUCAUCGAAAUAUAUUAUUUUAAUUCUAACGACAACAGAGCCCUAAUUCUUAAGGGUUGUAUUUGCUCAAGUUUUUCAGUUUAAUUUACUGACAAUGCAACCAAAAUUAGGUUGUUCUCAUUUCAUAAUAGUAAACAGUAUUUCUAUCAUAUUCAUUGAUAAAUAGAGAGCAAGCCUCGCCGUUAUAUUAUUCUAAGCCUUGCCUGAUAUAUUACAAAAAGAAAGGCAGUAACCUGUUUUUCUAUUUAUCAUACCUCUACGUCCCCGGUUUUUAAGAAAUAAUGAAAAACUCGCUAAAAAGUUGCAGUUUGAGCGGGAAAGAAUAUGACUUGUGGUUUGACGUGUUCAUAAUGACGUCAUGAGCACGCGCGCUUAUUUGUUUAAAAUGUUUUUUACUGUUUGUGUUGCAUUUUGUGUUUAAAAUAUAGUACAACUUGGUAUCGAAUUGUUUGUUUUGUUAAAUCUGAUUCGAUUUUACUAAACUAAUUAUUUUAUAGUUGAUUCGAGUAAUAUGACCAUCCUCCACACAUGACUGAUAUAAGAACUUCCUGUUGACCAUGAUAUAAAAAUAUAUCAGGCAACGAUAUAUCAGGCAGAUAUCAAUGCAGUGGUAUGAUAAAAAUCAAAGAAUAGUAUCGCGUCCUGUUUUUUUUUUCUUCAGUGUAGGUUAUUUUAAAAUUCACAUUAAAUUGAUGUAACGAUUUCGUGUUUGUUUUUUGUAAAUCAUAAUGUACACUAUGUUAUAGAUGCAUUUUUUCUUAGUUUUGCUUUCAUACAAAUACCAUGAGAUUGAUGCAAUUGACCUAGUUUGCGUUUAUACACGUGCAUUUAUAUGUACACGUUUCGAACAAUCUUCGCAACUACUUAAAAAAAACUGGCCCGUCUAUAAAUAUUGCAGAAUUUGUGCUCAUUUUCUCUGUCGCUAUUUGCUUGUAAUUUUGAUCGUUGAGUUUUACAUAACAGUAACAUGACAAAUUUUCAGAGAAAAAGUGACUUGGUAGCAUGUACGAAAAGUCAGUUGUCACAUACAGUUCUCACAGAAUAUCGCUUUAUGUUCAGGCAAAAAAUAGACCUAUACUUUUAUGUAACAUUUUUGUUUAUUCAUGAAUAGAACGCCUAGGUAUAUGUUCGGAAACAUAUUGUUUAUAUAAUCUGACAUGUUUUGGAAAUAACUUCGGGUCAAGUGUGAGAUUUGGGUUCCUUGAAGCCGGUUUAAACCCCUAUGCUUUGCAUUUGGCGUCCAAAGGCAAUGGCCAUAUAUUUUAUUAUUAUGUGUGUUUUGUUGUGUAUUUGUGCGUCUUGUUUAUUCCUAUUUUUCAUUGUUGUUUUUGUCACAAUGUUUGGCAAUUGGCACCUAGAAAUAAGUAAAGGGCCAUAUGUUCUUCUCCCGGUACAGCCGCAGUGGACCGUAUUAAUAUUUAAAUGCAUUACUAGUUAUGCUCUUUUUCCUACUGACGAUUUUUGUUAAAAUGAUGACAAAUCUAUAACAUGAAAUAAAAAGUAAAUAAAAUAUUAAGUGCAAA